AAGAGGAAGGGACCGGUGGUUUCACAUUUGCAUCGGUUUUGAAAACUGGAACUGACAUAGAAAAAAUAACAAAAGUGGACGUGCGAGUCUGGAAACAAUGGAGAGACUGUUUAGAUCAUCUAACCGUGGCUGGUUUGUUUUUUAUUUCGCCAUACUGCUGAUUGUCGCGGAACGAGUUCUGGCUGAACUCAGGUACUCCAUCCCAGAGGAGGUAAACGAAGGAACCGCUGUGGGAUAUAUUGCGAAAGAUCUUGGUUUGGAUAAAGCCUCGCUGGUUGAUCGUCGGUUUCGUGUUGUGCCUGGAUCCAGGGAGGCGUAUUUUGAGGUGAAUUCAGACAACGGUGCUUUACAGGUUCGUAGAAAAAUUGACAGAGAGGAAAUUUGUCACGGUAGUGGCGCGUGCCUAAUGGAGCUGAAAAUUCUCGUUGAAAACCCCUUGGAGAUGCACCAUGUUGUUGUCGAUAUAGCGGAUGUAAAUGAUCAUUAUCCCAGCUUUUCUGAAAACGAACAAACGUUUGAAAUAGGGGAACAGUCGUCACUAGGAACAAGAUUUCAGUUGGAUGCGGCCCGCGAUCCGGAUGCUGGAAUAAACUCCAUCCGCACGUACACAUUAACGUCAAAUGAGCAUUUUGAUAUUGAGGUAAUCCAGAGUGAGGAGGAGAAAGUGCCAUAUUUAGUAUUAAAAAAGUCCUUAGACAGAGAACAAAAGAAAAAGCACGUGUUUAUUUUAACAGCGGCUGAUGGGGGCAAACCUCCAAAAUCGGCGACGCUUAAUAUUUCCAUUAUUGUCCUUGACAGUAAUGACAAUCGCCCAGCAUUCAAUAAAGAGAUUUAUCAAAUUGAAAUUGAAGAAAAUGCAUUAGUUGGCACAACUCUUACAACAUUAAAUGCAACAGAUCCAGAUGAAGGAACAAAUGGGGAGAUAGAGUACAGCCUCAGCAAAACACUGCCGCGUAAAGCAUAUGAAGUAUUCCGGUUAGAUCGCGUGAGUGGAGAAAUAACACUGGAAAAUGCUCUAGAUUUUGAGGAUUCUGACACUUUUAAGCUGGAUGUUCAAGCAUCUGACAAAGGACAGCCUCCACUUAUAGGGAGAUGCAGAGUUAUUAUAAAGAUAAAAGACGUGAAUGACAACGCUCCAGAAAUAGAGGUCACAUCACUUUCAGACACCGUCUCUGAAGACUCAAAGCCGGGUACAGUGAUUUCACUUGUUAGUGUAACGGAUAAAGAUUCAAGUGUUAACGGAAAGGUGAUGGUGCAGAUAGCCGGUAAUGUGCCAUUUGAGCUAAAGCCUUCCUACAAGGAGAACAUUUAUUCCGUUGUCACCAAAGAUUUUCUGGACAGAGAAAAGGAGCAACAAUAUGAAAUAACAAUUAAAGGAACGGAUUGCGGCGAACCUCCGUUAUCUGCGGUUAAAAUUCUCAGAAUUCAAAUAUCAGAUGUGAACGAUAACAGUCCGCAAUUCUCACAAAACCUGUUACAAUUUUACCUGAAAGAGAACAACGUUGCUGGUGCUUCAAUUUUUUCAGUAAGUGCGACAGAUAACGAUGUCAGUAAAAACGCAGCUGUAAAAUAUAAUAUAGUCAGACAAAAUGACGUAACGAGCUUCUUGAAUGUGAAUUCUGAUACCGGGCAAAUAUCUGCGCUGAAAAGUUUCGACUUUGAAACUCUGAAAACUUUCCAGUUCCGAGUUGUCGCCACUGAUUCUGGGACUCCGUCACUCAGCAGCAACGUCACAGUGAACGUGUUCAUUCUGGAUCAGAACGACAACGCUCCAGUCAUCCUGUAUCCACUCAGCUCCAAUGGUUCUGCUGAAGGCGUGGAGGAGAUUCCACGCAACGUGAACGCAGGACACUUGGUGACUAAAGUCAGAGCCUAUGACGCUGAUAUAGGAUAUAAUGGCUGGUUGCUGUUUUCACUGCAGGAAGUUACUGACCACAGUCUGUUUGGUUUGGACCGCUACACUGGACAGAUCAGAACACUUCGCUCAUUCACAGAGACAGACGAGGCUGAACAUAAACUGGUCAUACUGGUCAAGGAUAAUGGAAACGUUUCACUAUCAGCAACAGCUACUGUGAUUGUUAAACUGGUGGAGCCAAAAGAAGCUUUUGCAGCUUCUGAUGUUAAAAGUGCAGCAAAGGAUGAUGACGAUGAUCAUGUGACUUUUUACCUGAUGAUCACUUUGGGCGCCGUUUCUGUUCUGUUUAUCAUCAGUAUCAUCGUGCUGAUUGCAAUGCAGUGCUCCAAAUCCACAGACUAUACUUCUAAAUAUCUCCAAGAGCCUAAUUAUGAUGGGACACUUUGUCACAGCAUCCAGUACAGAUCUGGAGACAAACGCUACAUGUUAGUUGGACCCAGAAUGAGUAUUGGAUCUACUAUAGUACCUGGAAGUCAUGCAAACACACUAGUGCUUCCUGACAGGAGGAGAACAUCUGAAGAGCAAACUGCUUCUCCCGAGAAAGAGGAACAAGAUGAAGUCUGA